GCCGCCGCCGCCGCCACCUCCGGGCCGUGUUCGCUCUCCGCGGCUGGUGCCGGUGUCGGGCGGGUGGCCGCGCGCGGGCCUCGUCCCGCAGCCGCCUCUCCGGGGCUAGUCCGGCCGUGCGGCGCCCCGAGGGGGCCGGGCCGUCCGGAGGGGCCGCGGCCCUGUUCCGCGCUGCGAGCUCGCCCUCUCGCGGCUUCCCGGCCGGGCCGUCGCCGCCGCCCCUCUCCCCGCCCAGAGGCGCCCCGGGGGCACCAUGCAGGCGCAGCAGCUGCCGUACGAGUUUUUCAGCGAGGAGAACGCGCCCAAGUGGCGGGGGCUGCUGGUGCCUGCGCUGAAGAAGGUCCAGGGACAAGUUCAUCCUACUCUUGAGUCUAAUGAUGAUGCUCUUCAAUAUGUUGAAGAAUUAAUUUUGCAGUUAUUAAAUAUGCUAUGUCAAGCUCAGCCCCGAAGUGCUUCAGAUGUAGAGGAACGUGUUCAAAAAAGUUUUCCUCAUCCAAUUGAUAAGUGGGCAAUAGCUGAUGCCCAAUCGGCUAUUGAAAAGAGGAAGCGAAGAAACCCUUUAUCUCUCCCAGUAGAAAAAAUUCAUCCUUUAUUAAAGGAGGUCCUAGGUUAUAAAAUUGACCACCAGGUUUCUGUUUACAUAGUAGCAGUAUUAGAAUAUAUUUCUGCAGACAUUUUAAAACUGGUGGGGAAUUAUGUAAGAAAUAUACGGCAUUAUGAAAUUACAAAACAAGACAUUAAAGUGGCAAUGUGCGCUGAUAAGGUAUUGAUGGAUAUGUUUCAUCAAGAUGUGGAAGAUAUAAACAUAUUGUCUUUAACUGAUGAAGAGCCUUCCACCUCAGGAGAACAAACUUACUAUGAUUUGGUAAAGGCAUUUAUGGCAGAAAUUCGACAAUAUAUAAGGGAACUGAAUCUAAUUAUAAAAGUUUUUAGAGAGCCCUUUGUCUCCAAUUCAAAAUUGUUUUCAGCUAAUGAUGUAGAAAAUAUAUUUAGUCGUAUAGUAGAUAUACAUGAACUUAGUGUAAAGUUACUGGGCCACAUAGAAGACACUGUAGAAAUGACUGAUGAAGGCAGUCCCCACCCAUUAGUAGGAAGCUGUUUUGAAGACUUAGCAGAGGAAUUGGCAUUUGAUCCAUAUGAAUCGUAUGCCCGAGAUAUUUUACGACCUGGUUUUCAUGAUCGUUUCCUUAGUCAAUUAUCAAAGCCUGGGGCAGCACUUUACUUGCAGUCAAUAGGCGAAGGUUUUAAAGAAGCUGUUCAAUAUGUUUUACCGAGGCUACUUCUAGCCCCUGUUUACCACUGUCUUCAUUACUUUGAACUUUUGAAGCAGUUAGAAGAAAAGAGUGAGGAUCAAGAAGACAAGGAAUGCUUGAAACAGGCAAUAACAGCUCUGCUUAAUGUUCAGAGUGGUAUGGAAAAAAUAUGUUCUAAAAGUCUUGCAAAACGAAGACUGAGUGAAUCUGCAUGUCGGUUUUAUAGUCAGCAAAUGAAGGGGAAACAACUAGCAAUCAAGAAAAUGAACGAAAUUCAGAAGAAUAUUGAUGGUUGGGAGGGAAAAGACAUUGGACAGUGUUGCAAUGAGUUUAUAAUGGAAGGAACUCUUACACGCGUAGGUGCCAAACAUGAGAGACACAUCUUUCUCUUUGACGGCUUAAUGAUUUGCUGUAAAUCAAAUCACGGGCAGCCAAGACUCCCUGGUGCUAGCAAUGCAGAAUACCGUCUUAAAGAAAAGUUUUUUAUGCGAAAGGUACAAAUUAAUGACAAAGAUGACACCAGUGAAUACAAGCAUGCUUUUGAAAUAAUUUUAAAAGAUGAAAAUAGUGUUAUAUUUUCUGCGAAGUCAGCUGAAGAGAAAAACAACUGGAUGGCAGCACUGAUAUCUUUACAGUACCGGAGCACCCUGGAAAGGAUGCUUGAUGUAACAAUGCUACAGGAAGAGAAGGAGGAGCAGAUGAGGCUGCCUAGUGCUGAUGUUUACAGAUUCGCAGAGCCUGACUCUGAAGAGAAUAUUCUAUUUGAAGAGAACGUGCAGCCCAAGGCUGGAAUUCCAAUUAUCAAAGCAGGAACUGUGAUUAAGCUUAUAGAGAGGCUUACGUACCAUAUGUAUGCAGAUCCCAAUUUUGUUCGGACAUUUCUUACAACAUACAGAUCCUUUUGCAAACCUCAAGAACUACUGAGUCUUAUAAUAGAAAGGUUUGAAAUUCCAGAACCUGAGCCAACAGAAGCUGAUCGCAUAGCUAUAGAGAAUGGAGAUCAACCUCUGAGCGCAGAACUAAAAAGGUUUAGAAAAGAAUAUAUACAGCCUGUACAGCUGCGAGUAUUAAAUGUAUGUCGGCACUGGGUAGAACACCACUUCUAUGAUUUUGAAAGAGAUGCAGACCUUUUGCAGCGAAUGGAGGAAUUUAUUGGAACAGUAAGAGGUAAAGCAAUGAAAAAAUGGGUUGAAUCUAUCACUAAGAUAAUUCAAAGGAAAAAAAUUGCAAGAGACAAUGGACCAGGUCAUAAUAUUACAUUUCAGAGCUCACCUCCCGCAGUUGAGUGGCAUAUAAGCAGACCCGGGCACAUCGAGACUUUUGACCUGCUCACCUUACACCCAAUUGAAAUUGCUCGACAACUCACUUUACUGGAAUCAGAUCUAUACCGAGCUGUGCAGCCAUCAGAAUUAGUUGGAAGUGUGUGGACAAAAGAAGACAAAGAAAUUAAUUCUCCUAAUCUUCUGAAAAUGAUCCGACACACCACUAAUCUCACUUUGUGGUUUGAAAAAUGUAUUGUAGAAACUGAAAAUUUAGAAGAAAGAGUAGCUGUGGUGAGUCGAAUAAUUGAAAUUCUGCAAGUUUUUCAAGAGCUGAACAACUUCAAUGGUGUCCUUGAGGUUGUCAGUGCUAUGAACUCAUCACCUGUUUACAGACUAGACCACACAUUUGAGCAAAUACCAAGUCGCCAAAAGAAAAUUUUAGAGGAAGCUCAUGAACUGAGUGAAGAUCACUAUAAGAAAUAUUUGGCAAAACUCAGGUCUAUUAAUCCACCAUGUGUGCCUUUCUUUGGAAUUUAUCUCACUAAUAUUUUAAAAACAGAAGAGGGCAACCCUGAGGUUCUGAAAAGACAUGGAAAAGAGCUUAUCAACUUCAGCAAAAGGAGGAAAGUAGCAGAAAUAACAGGCGAGAUCCAACAGUACCAAAAUCAGCCUUAUUGUUUACGAGUAGAAUCAGAUAUCAAAAGGUUCUUUGAAAACCUGAAUCCAAUGGGAAACAGCAUGGAAAAAGAAUUCACAGACUAUCUCUUCCACAAAUCCCUAGAAAUAGAACCACGAAACCCUAAGCCUCUCCCAAGAUUUCCAAAAAAAUAUAGCUAUCCCCUUAAGUCUCCUGGUGUUCGUCCAUCAAACCCAAGACCAGGAACCAUGAGGCAUCCUACACCUCUGCAGCAGGAACCAAGGAAAAUUAGUUAUAGUCGGAUCCCGGAGAGUGAAACAGAAAGUACAGCAUCUGCUCCAAAUUCUCCCAGAACACCAUUGACACCUCCUCCUGCUUCUGGUGCUUCCAGUACCACGGAUGUGUGCAGUGUGUUUGAUUCUGAUCAUUCAAGCCCUUUUCACUCAAGCAGCGAUACCGUCUUUAUCCAAGUAACACUGCCCCAUGGCCCAAGAUCUGCUUCAGUAUCAUCUAUAAGUUUAACCAAGGGCACUGAUGAAGUGCCUGUCCCCCCUCCUGUUCCUCCACGAAGACGACCAGAAUCUGCCCCAGCGGAAUCUUCUCCAUCUAAGAUUAUGUCUAAGCACUUGGACAGCCCCCCAGCCAUUCCUCCUAGGCAACCCACAUCAAAAGCCUAUUCACCACGAUACUCGAUAUCAGAUCGGACCUCUGUAUCAGACCCUCCUGAAAGCCCUCCCUUAUUACCACCACGAGAACCUGUGAGGACACCUGAUGUUUUCUCAAGCUCACCACUACAUCUCCAACCUCCCCCUUUGGGCAAAAAAAGUGACCAUGGCAAUGCCUUCUUCCCAAACAGCCCUUCCCCCUUUACUCCACUGCCUCCUCAAACACCUUCUCCUCAUGGCACGAGAAGGCACCUGCCGUCACCACCAUUGACACAAGAAGUGGACCUCCAUUCCAUUGCUGGGCCUCCUGUUCCUCCACGACAAAGCACUUCUCAACAUAUCCCUAAACUCCCUCCGAAAACUUACAAAAGGGAGCACACACACCCAUCCAUGCACAGAGACGGACCUCCACUGCUGGAGAAUGCCCAUUCUUCCUGAGUUCCUCUGUACCAGGAUGCACAGUUUCCGAGCCCCAAAUCCAUUGCUGGCAAUGGAUGCACUGAAUGUGCCAGCGCUGAGGAGGUAAAAAGUAAGAACUCCAAACACUAACAACUCUACUUCAAGAUGCAGUAUAAGACAAUGAGUUUUAACCUAGACAUAAUUAUAAAAUGAAAUGGUAUUCCAGUUUAGAAUAUGGAAAGACUGAUUUAGAAGAAAUGGACAACUGAUUGCACCUGAAAAUCAAGUCAAACAACUUUCUCCAGCCAAUAGGCAGGACUCUUCUUUUUACGAAGUGAUCUUUAUCAUUAAAGGGAUGGAAAACAGUCUAGCGUCCAGCAGGUCCACAUGAUGACAGUUUUUGUAAUUCCAAAUAUUAUGCACUUUUAAAAAAAUCUUAAACAGGGAUUUUAAUAUCCUCCUUUGUUUUCCUUUGCUUUACUCUUCUACUUUAGAAUAUUUUCUUAAAAAUCACUCAAAGGACUGUGAGGAAAGGCUGUGGUACCUGACCUUGUUGAAUUCAAGGCCCAGCACUGUACUACAGUCCUGUUUACAGAUUAUUACAGUGAAUUGAAUGGGUACCGAGGCUUCACCAAAGAGGUACUUUUUUUGUUGUUUUUAUUUUAAAUAAUUUUACCAAUUUUAAGACCAUUUCCCCCACCUGUCCCCUCCCCACACAAGCUAAAUGUGGUGGUGUUGCCUUCAAAUAAGAGAAAUUUUAUGUCAUUAACAUGACAGAAGAACUUUUUAAAAAUGUAACUGUCAAGUAUACUAUUUACAUUUAGAAGACUGUUAAUCUAUGCUAGAUUGUCAUCCCCCCAACUUCUCUCUCGAAGGUUUACUGGUAACCCACAUCAUGGCUCGUAGCUGUCCCCCUAACCUUACUGUGGAAGAGCAGGCGCCUAAUGUGAGAAGGCGCACCUGCUGGGCAUCACUGACACCAUUCAUGUUUUACUAAUGGCCGAGGAAUCAGCAUAUCUAGAAUUACCUUGCAUUGCCUAAAUCAUGUGUAUAUAGUGAAUGUUAUAUAAUAUACCUGGCAGGUCUGUUUUAAUUUAAUUGAAUAAAGAUACAUAUACUUUGUUUGGCUGGCAAAUAUUAAAUUAUUAUAUGGAGAAAAUGGUUGAUUCUUAUUUCUUUGAGUUGAAAAACACACAAAAACACUAAGCAUAAAAGCACGUUUUGUGGUACGCCUUGGUUUCUAGUUCUGGAUAUAUGUAUUAGUCUUAAAGAAUGAUCUAAUAUUGCAGUUUGGCAUGUAGGAAAAUAUUUGGUUAGAAUAGGAUGGGUACCUUUUAAACAGAACUGUGUAAGUUUUUCAAUUUCCUGAGCAACAUGUAUACAGUUUGUUAAGGUUUAUAUUGAACAUUCUGGCUUGCUUGAGAUCUUCCGCUCUGUCAGAACUAUUCAUAAUAGAACAUCUGUCUGCAUCAUUAACAUCGUAAAACAGAUUAUUCAUUAAGCCUAUGUACCACUCUUCUGAGUCUUACAGAUACUGUGACGAAAUGCAUGCAACUUAUUAAUGUCCACUGUAAUGUCUAUGAAAUGUGCAGUAUUCCAUCCUUAAAGAGUCAUCAGUUCAUUGGUAUCUGCAUGUGUCCUCUGAAUAAUGAAGCAACAUUUCAGCAGUUCUGUUAACCUCUCCAUUAGAGACAUUUCCAGAAGUGCUGCAUCAUGGUGGAAACCUAGUAGUUUAAUAAUUUCCUGUGAUAUUUAUUAGAGCAUUAAUGUGUAUCAUGAUAGUACAGUAUAUUAGCCAUUUAAGGUCAGAAAGUAUGUUAGUUGCAUCAUCAUUAAGUAGUCCAUCCUAUCAUAUCCUUUCUUAUUUAUUUGUUAGAGUUGAAUCUUUGUUUUUGUUUAAUGUCUGUACCAUUUCUAUUAUGGUAGCCAUUUUUCUCUUUGUAAAAUGUCUCUUCUUUUAAAAGCAUCCUAAAAAAAAUUUUUUCAAGUCCCCUCUUGGAUGCAAAGUGCCCAUAAGACCAUUCAUUCAACAGAUACAUAUUUAAGCCUAUUUACUAGUGCUGCUAUAAUUGUGAUACACAUUCCAGAAUCUCCCAUGACUUUUUUAUUGGGCCAGCCUUAUCGUCCCUGGGAUUUCCCUUUUUAUGGCUUAUUAAUCACUUCUUUUUUUAAUUACCCCAACCCUUCUACAAAUGAGAAACUGAGAAAAGUCACAUAGGAGCCCAUUCAAUACCUCUCUGGCUAGUGUAUUGGCCUUCAAAAAAAGUGAUAACCCCUUUCAACCUGCCUGAUCCUAUAAAGAGGAAAAAGAUUUGCAGUUCCAAUUGUAUUUCUUCCAAAGGGAACCAUUCUUCUACCCUGUGGUUUUAGAAGACCACUUCACUGUGCAACCAUUUUAUAUGCAUGUGGAUAGAGGAUAUUUUUUUUUUCAGAAGUAUGGCAUUUGGGUAAAAAUACUUUCUGCAGUGGUAACUGAUUAGAAAAAUGCCAAUUGGAUGGUGGUGGUGUGUCCUUCCCUUCGUUUCAUGUGAAACAUUAACUAGCUGACAGAUGUAUCCUUUUCAGUAACUAAAAUACAUACACUUAAUCAGGGACAAGUAGUGGCAGAAGAAGGCAAAUGCAUCAUUCUAAAAUUCUGCUUUUGAAUCCAGCACAUUGCAAAGCAGUCAAUGCAGCAUGACCUUUUGUUAAACACAUUCCAAAAUGUGGGACAUUUCUUUUAGAAUGGAAAUAUUCUUAAUGUUUCAUUAUCUUUGGAUCACAAAUGGAAGAAAACAUCUCAAGGCUGAAUUUACUUAGCGGCUUCAUAAGGAUUAUAAAAGAAAGGGAAGCUCUUCAUGUCUAAGCACCAGGAACAGAUGAGAAGUGUAUGUUUCUAAAUGUAUUCAAAGACUACGGUUAUUUACUCUUCUCAGUCCUCCAAAUGUAUUUAAAGACUACAAUAUACCAACAUUAAAAGUUUGCUUAAUUAAAGGUGGUUGGGCAUCAAUUCUGUGUUACUUGAGUAGGUUACUAUUCUCUCACAACUCUAGGAUGUUGUCAUGAUUCUGAAUUUAGCAAAGAACAUGCCACACUAGUGCUUCAACCAACAGAACAGGGUAGUGAACAAGUACUAUUUAGUUGGAAGGCUAUACUAUGGUUCUAAAUUAUUCCUUAAUUUUUUCCAUAAAUCAAAAAUUACCUGAUGCAAACCAAAAAUUUGUUGGUAUUUAUGAUUAUGAUCUUGUCUUAAUUAUCAAGCUUAGCUUACUUUGAUCUUGUACUUCAUUGUCUUAAUAUGAAAUUUAAGUUCAUUCUUUUAAAUGGCUCAGCAAAACAAAUGGGGGAGGGAUGUCCCAAUUUAUUAGUGUUAUACAUACUGAGGAAAACCUUUUCCCUCUGAUUUAGAAAGGAACAAUUUAACCAUUUAUUUCUUGGUAUUCUGCUGCUGUGGCUAAGUUUACUUACUCUUUUAACCUAUAUUGUGUGACUGUUGUACAAGUGCAGGUCCUGUUGCAAUGCACAUUAGUCUUUACCAGUAAAUAAAUAUCACAAGGUUAAUGUCAGUUUGGCUGAAAGAGAAUUAUGCAGUAAAAUUAUUUAUAAGGGGAGGUGAGGACUUAAUAUUUUUCUCUUUUGAAACAUCUCAUUACUAACUUUAAAAAUCAUUCCAUAACCCCUUAUACAUGAGCCAAUGAAAUAUUUUGAGCUCUAGUUAAAAGAAGCAUGAAGUCUAUAUGAUAAUUCUAAACAAAAGCACUUGUAAACUUGUUUUUGUAAAGUCCAUGCCUUAUUUUUCAUUUUUGACACCGUAAAGUGCAUUUUCUGUCAACUGUGAGCAAAUUUCCCUUUUGCCUUUAAUGAAAAUAGUGCAUUAAGUAGCCAAUUGCUGCAAAAUUUUAAAGCAAGUUAGCUAAAAAGGUGGGUCAUAUUGGACUACCAUGCAGAGGAACAAGAUGCAUAACACAAGGAAGAUAUGUGCGGUGCGGCUUCGCCCGCCUGUGCCAGAUGCAUGCCACUUUCAGUAGCUGCCAAAUGUGCCUUUAAUUAAGAACAUCUCUAAUUUUUUUCUUCAGAUCAAGUCAGCAUUAGGGGGCGGGAUUAGGGCAGGGGAUUUGGGGGUGCAAACACCUGGUGAGACCACCAGAGAAUUUGUCUGUCAAAGUGACAUGUACAAUUAGCUGAGACAUGUUUGUGUAAAUAUGUGUAUUCGCCUUUGUGUAGUAGCACGGUUAUUUGCUAAAAUAAUUGUCAAAAAAAAUUGCUCUGUCAGUCUUACUUUGAUGUAAGAACAAAGUGUGGUCUAUAUACAUCUAAUAUGGCCUCUGUACCUAACCAUGUUCGUAGGUAAUCUUUGUACUCUGUGUGCAGCAGUAUUUGCGUUUAAAGUGAAAAUAAUGGCUGUUAUUUUUCUGGCAUUACUAAGAUAAACCGAAAAUAAUAAAGAAAAAUGCCUUACAUAGCC